AAAAAGUCGCCGCAUGGUGAUGCAUGUGCAUCCGCCUUACGCUCUUACCUACUUUUUUUCUUAAGUAAAGGGUCACUUUGAGGAAAAAGAGGUGGAUGAGAAAAGACGUGUUUGAGUGAAAAAAAAUGUUUCCUGAAGGAAAAAAAAAGUUUUCCUGGGGUUAGAUGAGAUGUGUUUGUUGCUUAAAAAAUCCAGUGACGCGUGUUUCAGACGCGCUUAUAAAGCGGACUUUGGUCUCGCUGUGUCCAUAGCAGCACUGCAAGCGAACACAAGCGAGCGCAUCUUCCACUCUCCACAGUUCAGCCAUGGCACCAGCUUUGGACGUUGAGCGUUUUGACCUUCAGUAUGAGUUCAACAACACGGAUCACCGGACGGACCUGAAUGGCGUGGACCGCCUCAUUGUGAGGAGAGGCCAGCCUUUCACCAUCACUCUACAUCUUCGCUCCGGGACCUUCCGGCCAGGAGUGGACACCUUCAGCCUUGUUGUUGAGACAGGCCCAUGUGUUUCCCAGGCCAGUGGCACCAUGGCCACCUUCCCUGUAGGAGAGUCUGUUGACCGCAGCCAGUGGAGUGCCACAGCGUCCAGCUGUGCUGGAACUGAAGUCAACCUGUCCAUCUGCUCUCCACCAGACGCUCCCAUCGGCCUCUACUCUCUCAUCCUGCAGGACAGGGACACUAGUGUCCCAGCUGGGAAGUUUGUGCUGCUCUUUAACCCCUGGUGCUCAGAGGAUACUGUGUAUAUGGCUGAUGAAAAGAAACUGGAGGAGUAUGUUUUGGCCCAGGAUGGUCUUAUUUUCCGGGGCAAUUACAAAUUCCCCGUUCCAACCCCUUGGAACUUCGGACAGUUCGAACCCGGGAUCCUGGAUGCCUGCCUGCGCAUUCUGGACAUGAAUCCCAAAUUCUUCAGGAAUCCAGAGCAGGACUGCUCAGGGAGGAGGAACCCUGUGUACGUCACACGGGUUGUGAGUGCAAUGAUCAACUGCAAUGAUGAUAAGGGGGUCCUGUAUGGCAGAUGGGACAACAGUUACUCGGACGGAGUGAAUCCCAGCAGCUGGAAUGGCAGUGUGGAGAUUCUCCGCAAUUGGGACUCCAUGUCCUGCCAGCCUGUGAGAUACGGACAGUGCUGGGUGUUUGCUGCUGUGGCCUGUACGGUUCUUCGAGCUCUGGGAAUCCCAACUCGCGUCGUCACCAACUACAUGUCUGCUCACGACACCAAUAGCAACCUCGUCAUUGAGCGCUACUUCGAUGAAAAUGGGAGUCCGCUCAAGAAAACCCGAGACAUGAUCUGGAACUUUCACUGCUGGGUAGAGAGCUGGAUCAAGCGCCCAGAUCUAAGUCCAGACUUCAGUGAGUGGCAAGCUAGUGACCCGACACCCCAGGAGAAGAGUGAAGGUGUUUACUGCUGUGGGCCUGUCCCCGUAAAAGCUAUCAAGGAAGGAGAGCUCACUUUCAAGUAUGAUGCACCCUUUGUAUUUGCUGAGGUCAAUGCCGAUGUGGUCAGCUUCAUAAAGCGUAAAGAUGGCACUGAGGACAAGAUCAGAGGCACUGUCACAGUGGGCCAGUCCAUCAGUACCAAGAGUGUGGGCAGUGACGACCGGGAAGACAUCACCCAUCUCUACAAGUACCCUGAGGGCUCAGAGGAGGAGAGGCGGACCUUCAGGAAAGCCAACCACCAGAACAAGCUGCUGCAGCCUCCCCCCGAGCCGGGCCUGCACCUCAAGAUCAAGACGUCGAAGGACAUGAAGAAGGGCUGUGACUUUGACGUGUUCGCUGUCAUCUCCAACAACACCCCCAUGGCCAAGCUGUGCCGCCUCAUGUUCUGCGCCAGGGCUGCCUUCUACAACAGCACCACAGGCAAGGAGUGUGGCAUGAAAGACCUGCUCAACGUGCAGCUCUCGCCCAGUGAAGAGAAGACCGUUCCUCUAAGGCUGAAUUACACAAAGUAUGGGGAGGUCCUCACCCCAGACAGCCUCAUCAAGGUCGUGGCUCUGCUCAUGGACUACCACACCAAAGACGCCAUCCUGGCCAUGCGAGACAUCGUCCUGGAGGACCCAAAGAUCAAAAUCAAGAUCCUGGGGGAGCCCAAGCAGAACCGCAAGCUGGCCGCUGAGAUCAUUCUGCAGAACCCGCUGGCGGAGCCCCUGGAGAACUGCACCUUCUGCCUGGAGGGAGCCAACCUCACCGGCGGGAGGACCAUCAGGGAGACGAUCGGUUCCGUGGGGCCUGGCAAGGAGGCGAAGGUGAAAGUCUACUUCACCCCAACGCACUGGGGCAUGAGGAAGCUGAUGGUGGAUUUCAACAGCAACAAGCUGCACGAUGUCAAGGGCUACAGGAAUGUAAUCAUCGGCAAGUAGAACUUCAGCUCUGGAGAAACCAUCCCAGGCCGUCUGACGGAACAGUCCUGUGACAGAUUCGAGCACCGUGAACAUCUCUACAAAUGUAUCUAAACUCUAUUACUGUCUUUUUUUUCCCUCCUGGAGUUGUGCUAUAUAGUACUUUUCUUACCACAGUUUUUAAUAUCUUGUAAUGAAAAUUUUUAUAUUUGAACUUGAUCCAAAAGCUGAGAAUUGACAUUUUUCUGGUCCAUUUAAAAAGACUCUUCACUUAAAAUUUGCAAAGAAGCUUCCUUCCUGCUGAGAAGUGAUGGGUUUAUCAGAUGAAUGACAAAAGGAAAGUAUUAAGGAACAGCCCCUGAGGCCGUGGUCUUUCAGUGUAAAAUGAAAGUUUAACUAGUGAGACAGCUGCAGUUUCAACUCCCGUCUAAGUAGAAAUUACUACAUUUUAGAAAUGCAUGCAUACAAGUGCCAAACUCUCCACACAUAUGGCGGCAAGGAAAUAAAAUCAGAUUCAGAAUGAUGCAUAUCUCUAUGUUGUGCAGUUCCAGAACUGUGCUUUCCCAAGAUGAAAUAAGACCACCAGGACACUCUGAGGCAGGACUGGGAUUUGAAAUCGUCCCUUAACCGAAAGCAAUGAAUGUGUAAAUUAAGCAUUACGCUUGCAUACAUGGGUGUUCCUCCUUAACUGCGUGCAAUACAUCCUUUAUACUGAUCAGCCAUUCAGUAUAACUGCUAUAAAUCAGACCAAAAAUAAAACAGGUAGCACCUAAGAGCAGUUAACUCUCAAUCAAAGUGCAAAUUAGGUAUUGUAUAUAAUUAUUCACAAAUGUUAUUAAUUUCAUAAGUUAAUAACAUAAUUCAAACAAUGAUACUCAAUCUCACAGAGCAUUCAGACUUUUUAAAAUCCCUUCCUGUCUUUGUGUCCCAGUAAUCAGUCCUCCAGCACAAGUGUUCCUCAUCGUCGUAGUUCUGAAGCUGUUUUGUGAAAGUAUGCCUGUCAAAUACAUUCUCUUCUCACUGAGACCCAGAGUCAUUUUUAGGAAGACUUAAUUUAGUGAGAAUUUCCUUCUUUUCUUUUCCCUCAAAGGGAAACAAAUACCAAAUAUGUUUUUGUGACAAAGGUUGAAGCAGUACAGCCUUCCAGCAAUAGCUUAUAAAAUAUUUUGUAUGACAGCUUCUCUGUGAAAGUUUUCUAUACUUUAAAAAUGUGAA